AUGGAAUACUGCAUCUUACUGUGCAUUUACGGAAUUAAUUCUCAUUGCAGUCCCUUGACUCGCAAUUAUCAACAUGUUCUUGCCUUGGUCUAUGCAGUAGAGGAGAUAAACAAGAACCCCAAUCUGCUACCCAACACGACUCUGGGAUUUCACACCCAUGAAAACUAUUUCAAUGCAAGGAAAACAUAUGAAUGUUCAUUAAGUAUCCUUUCAGGAAGAGGCAGAGCAGUUCCCAACUACACCUGCAGGAAACAGAACAACUUAAUAGCUGUUAUUGGAGGGCUAAAGUCCAUGUCAUCCAUUCAGAUGUCAACUAUCUUAGGUUUAUACAAGAUACCACAGAUCAGCUAUGGAUCAUCUGAUGAAGUAUUGAGAAGUAAAACCCUUUUCCCAUUUUUCUACCGGACUGUCCCAAAUGAAGGUCUUCAGACCUUAGGAAUAACCAAAUUAGUUUUGCACUUUGGUUGGACCUGGGUUGGCCUCAUAGCAUCUUAUAAUGAUCAAGGUGAAACCUUUGUUCUGAACUUGAAGAAGGAAUUUGUCCAAAAGGGUGUGUGCAUUGAAUUUACAGAAAUGCUUCCAAAAAUGCUUGAUAAUACUAUGCAUGUAAAAAAUAAAAUAAUUAAGUCAUCCUCCAGUAUCAUUGUGGUGUAUGGAGAUACAGAUUUCCUCAUCUGGGUUCCACAAUCUAUCUGCACCAAGAGCUGCCUUGAAGGUCAGCAUAAGAUAGCCAUUGAAGGGAAUCCUGUCUGUUGCUUUGCUUGUUCUCCAUGCCCAGAAGGAACAUUUUCUAACUACACAAAUGCAGAUCGUUGUGAGAAAUGCCCAGAAGAUCAGUACCCAAAUCCAGAUAAAACAAACUGCAUUCCAAAGUCAGUCACAUUUUUGUCAUUUCAUGAGCCUUUGGGGAUUGGUUUGGCUGGGACAGCUGGUUCCCUUUUUCUUAUCACAAUUUUGGUGCUAGGGGUUUUUAUUAAUAACCAGGAUACUCCCAUUGUAAAAGCCAACAAUCGAAAUCUUACCUACACCCUUCUCGUUACCCUGAUGCUCUGCUUUCUUUGUUCCUUACUAUUUAUUGGUCAGCCUGGAAAAGUGACUUGCCUUCUCCGACAAACUACUUUUGGGAUUAUAUUUUCUGCCUCUAUUUCUUGUGUCCUGGCAAAGACUGUCACUGUGGUUCUGGCUUUCAUGGCCACUAAGCCUGGAAAUAAGAUUAGGAAAUGGAAUGGAACAAAAUUGACAAACUCCAUCACUCUUUUCUGUACCCUUGCUCAAGUUAUCAUCUGUAUUGCCUGGCUUAAAUCCUCUCCUCCAUUCCCUGAUUUUGACUUUGAAUCUGAGGCUAAUCACAUAGUAAUCCAGUGUAAUGAAGGAGCUGCCCAUAUGUUCUACACAGUCCUUGGUUACAUGGCCUUUCUUGCUAUUGUAAGCUUCUCUGUAGCUUUUCUAGCCAGGAAGCUGCCAGACAUUUUCAACGAAGCCAAGUUCGUCACCUUCAGCAUGCUGAUUUUUUGCAGCAUUUGGAUCUCAUUUAUUCCCACAUAUUUCAGCACUAAAGGGAAGUUUAUGGUGGCUGUAGAGGUCUUCUCCAUUUUAGCCUCCAGUGCAGGCUUGCUGGGGUGCAUCUUCUUCCCCAAAGUCUACAUUAUUGUCAUGAGGCCUGACCAGAACACCAAAAGGAAGUUACUAAAGAAAUCAAAUGCUGGAACAAAUGAGUUAUAA